GAGGGAAGCCCUGGCAUCGGCAAGACAACUUUCUGCUUAAAAAUAGCAAAUGAUUGGGCAAGACGUGCAAUACCCAAGAAGCAUGAUUUUCCUGUGUUCAAGCUGAUGUUACUUCUGAAAAGCCGCGACAUGGAUAGAGAUGUAAUGCAAGCUAUUGACGAUCAACUACUACCCGAGGACAUAACAGAAAAAGAGAAAAAAGUGCUACUGGAUUACAUCAACAAUGAGAAGAAGCAGGACAAGAUUCUUAUAAUCUUGGAUGGCCUUGACGAGUUACCAAAAGUAGCAGAGCAAGCUGUCGAUAAGCUGUUGAGAAGAAGAGUUUUGUCACGCUGUUCUGUUUUAGCCACCUCGCGUCAAGAGAAGGGAAUUGAAAUUCGGCAACGCCAUGUCUUUGACACCCUUUUGCAAAUUAAUGGGUUUACCAUUGAAGAUGCUUCUGAGUACAUCAGAAGACAUUUCAGAACUGUUGGUCGAUCACAAGCAGAUUUGUUAAAAGGAAAAUGCCUCAUUCAAGCUAUUAAAGGAAACAUUUUUCUACAUGCAUUGCGAAACAAUCCACUAAACUUACUUCUUCUUUGCAUUGUUUUUGAAGACCAUGAAGGGGAACUGCCAUCAAACCGUACCAAACUUUAUCAGAUCAUUUAUCGCUGCCUGCUGGGAAGAUUUUGUUCUAAAUAUGAUAUUUCAUCAGUUGACAAAGAUGACAAAACGAAAACAGAUAAUGAAGCCAAAGAAGAUGAUGAUGAAGCGAAAGAAGAUGACAAUGGCUUUGCUUUGGAGAAACAAUGUGAAGAUCGCACACUCGCACUGGGACAGUUGGCGUGGAGAUGUCUCCUAGAAGAACGCCCUUCUUUCCAACAAAAGGAACUGGCCAAGCUAGAAAAAUCAAUAACCAAUGGCAAAGGUGUCUCAGCUGCUAAAGUGGGUGUUGUUUUCAUGGAAGCCAGUGUUAAGAAGCUCAAUCCAAAACAUGAGUAUCACUUUCUUCACAGGACAUUUCAGGAAUUCUUAGCUGCCACUUACCUAGUACAGCUGAUGAAAGAAAAUAUCAGCAUUUUUGAUAAGUUUCAAUUAAACAAGAGUGAUAUUACUAAUAAAUACCGACAAGUAUUUUUGUUUGCUGCUGGUAUUCUGGGCAAGGAUGGAGCCAUGUUUUUCAGUCAGAUUGGAGAGAUUCUCUAUGGGAAGAGGUACUGCCAUUGUCUUGGAGGAGAUGGCCUUUUCAUAUUUGAACUUUUGGGUGAGAGUGGAGCUGCCAAUAAUUUGGCGAUGGUUGUUUGCCGUUCUAUUAGUUUACCUCAGAGUUUAAAAUUGAACUUCAAAGAUCAGGAAACUUUAAGACUAGUGCGAUAUGCAUGCAAAGCCUCCUCACACGCCAGUAAUAUGGAACCAUGGUGGCUUCAUAAACUGAGCCUAACUAAAGCGCAUGCUCUCGACGAGGACAGUGCAAAGGAUUUGUGUGGCAUUCUAGAAAACAGUAAAACUUUGAAAGAUCUUGUUAUUUCUACUGACAUGACAGGUCUAUUGGCAAGCACUCUGUUGAAAGGUUUGUCAUCUAAUUCGUCCCUGUCUUCCUUGACUCUCAAAACAUUUAAGAGUAUUCCCGCAGAUGUGGCUGACAAGUUGGGAACAGGAUUGUCA